CGAAUCCAACUUAAUGCUCUGCUUUACUAAUUCCCACCUACAGCCUUUGUUACAAGAACCAACUCUUAUCCUUUAAUUUCAGACCAAACACUAUAAGCUCUCAAACCUUUGUUUCAUGUCUUCUCUUUCCUUCAUCUUCUUCCUUUUACUCCUUUCAUUUCACACCCAAAAUGCAAUCUUUGUCACUAAUUCUUCACCAAAUGACCCUUCUUCAAAACCCCCCCUUUUAAAUGAAGAAACAUUGAAAACCAGUUCCCAAGCUACAAAAAUGGAGUCCACUGUUGUGAUUCUCAAAGGAAACGCAACUGUUCUUAGCGUUAACCGCACUUUCGAACUGGGUUUUUUCACCAUAAAUGGUGAGUCUGAUUGGUAUUUAGGAAUUUGGUACUCUUCUAUCCCGACUCAAACCCGGGUUUGGGUUGCGAAUCGUGAAAAACCCAUAAAAAAUAUCACCGGAUCUUCACUGGAAAUCACCGGAACGGGGCGGUUGGUGGUGAAGGAAUCGCCGGAUUCCGUCGUUUGGCAGAGCGACAACGUUGAAAAAGCGAAAAGGUUUGUUUUUUUAGAGACUGGGAAUCUCGUUUUGUAUUCUUCAAAUGGGUUAAAAGUAUGGCAAAGCUUUGAUUUUCCGACGGAUACGUGGUUGCCUGGCAUGAAUUUAACCGCCCAGCAAGCUUUAACUUCAUGGAAGAGCUCGUUCGACCCAUCACCGGGGCUUUUCUCUUUGAGGCUAAAUCCUCAAUUGUUCAACGAGUUCGAGCUCGUUCAUAAUUUGAUCAAUGUGUAUUGGUCUACCGGAAACUGGACCGGAAAAGCUUUCGUCGAUGUCCCGCAAAUGACAAUCCCGUACAUUUACAACUUCCGUUUCUCCGACCCUUACUUGCCGACGGCGUCGUUUGGGUACACGGAAAGAUCGUUAGACGGCAGUGUUGAACCGCCUUUGACGAGGUUCCAGGUUGAUGUCAACGGGCAGCUGAAACAAUACACAUGGUCGGCGGAGACAGAGAGUUGGAACAUGUUUUGGUCGGUGCCGGAGGAUAAGUGUGGAGUCUACGGUUUGUGCGGCGAUUUCGGGUCUUGUCUUGUAAGUACAACGUUAAAACCUUGUGCUUGUGUUAAUGGAUUUAGGCCUUUUAAUGAGAAAGAGUGGGGAUAUGGGGAUUUUACCGGUGGUUGCCGGCGAGAAAGUGGUUGUCUUUGUGCUGAUAAUGAUGGGUUUAAUGAAAUAGGUGAUGUGAGGUUUGAUGGAGGGAAAACGGUGUCGUUUCAAGGUACUAGGAGUAUUUGUGAAAAGUCUUGUUUGAGUAAUUGUUCUUGUAUUGGAUUGUAUCAUAACGAGGGGUCUAAUACAUGUAAUAAUGUUUAUGGGUCUUUGUUGAAUUUGAGAAAUUCAAGCUCUAAUGGUUUAAAAAAGGAUGUGUUUUACAUUAGGGUUCCGAGAGGAAUUAUGAAGAAAAAUGUGCAUAGAACUAUGGUUUUCGUUGGUAGCAUUGUUGGGUCCAUUGUUGCUUUAGGGUUCAUGGCAAUGAUUUUUUUGGUUUUUAAAAAGAUAAUAGAUUACAAGAGGAAAGAUAGAUAUGAUGACGAUGGUGUUUGCCCCGGGUUGAAUCUCAAGGUAUUCACUUAUAAAGAACUCAAUGGUGUGACUCGAGGGUUCUCAGAGAAACUAGGUCAUGGUGGAUUCGGGGUGGUCUUUCGAGGCGAGUUAUCGGAUUCGACUCUUGUUGCUGUUAAACGCCUUGAAAGGCCGGGGAGUGGUGAGAAAGAAUUUCGGGCCGAGGUGUGCACUAUAGGCAACAUUCAACAUGUUAAUCUUGUGAGACUCAGAGGGUUUUGUUCUGAGAAUUCUCAUAGAUUGUUGGUUUAUGAUUACAUGCCUAAUGGUCCUCUGAGUGCAUUUUUAAUCCCGGAUAGUCCUAAUUUGUGUUGGGAUGUGAGGUUUCGGGUGGCGGUUGGCACUGCAAAGGGCAUAGCAUAUUUGCACGAGGAAUGCAGGGAUUGCAUCAUUCAUUGCGAUAUCAAACCCGAAAACAUUCUCUUGGAUAGUGAUUACAUUGCGAAAGUAUCGGAUUUUGGAUUAGCAAAGCUUGUUGGAAGGGAUUUUAGUAGGGUAUUAGCUACAAUGAGGGGUACUUGGGGCUAUGUUGCUCCGGAAUGGAUAUCCGGUAUGGCUAUUACACCAAAAGCUGACGUUUAUAGCUAUGGGAUGACAUUGUUGGAAAUAAUCGGCGGCCGUAGAAACGUGCAAGCACCACAAUCCGCAGGAAAUGGCAAUGCAUUCAAUGAAGGAAGGGAUGGAGAGAAAUGGUUUUUCCCUCCAUGGGCCGCACGUCGAAUAAUCGAGGGCAACGUAGCCGCAAUCGUGGAUAGUAGACUUGGUGUUGCAUACAAUUUAGAGGAGGCCAAUCGUCUUGCAUUGGUAGCAGUAUGGUGUAUACAAGAUGAUGAGGAAAUGAGGCCUACAAUGGGCAUGGUAGUAAAGAUGUUAGAAGGAGUGGUGGAAGUGACCAUCCCUCCACCACCAAAAUUAAUACAAGCAAUAGUUGCAGGCGAAUCUUAUCACGGAAUUGGAACAAAUUCUGGCAUGUCAAAAGUCAAUGGAUGCUCCGACUACAACGUUGGGUUUUCAAGUGCUGGUUCACGAUCAUCUCUUAGUAACCUCUCUUCCCCGUUGGAACCAAAAUUCGGUGAAGUCUAAUCGAAUGAUAAAUGUAGUUCCAUACUAGUAACUCAUGUAUGGGCUUCAACAACAUUAAAAUUCCCAAAUUUUUGUUCAAUGAAUCACUAAUUUCAACUU